UUUUCUUAAUAAAAAGCUACAGGAUCCUGUCCUUUAUUUUUUCAAUUUUAGCUGACUUUUGCUUCAUCUGGCUUUUUAGUCUAAUGACAAAGUCCAUACAGUUAUCCAACAAGACGACACAACCUAUGACAAAUAAUAACAACAACAAUAACAAUAAUAAUAAUAACGAGUGUACCGCUGCUUCAGCUUCCAAAAAGAAAAAGAAGAAUAAAAAGAAGUCCAAAUCAACUACGAGUAAUAAUCAGCCAAAGGCACAAACAGACAUGGUCGACGCCAUGAUGAACCACCACGUCACUCGACACGGUGAAAGUACUUCAAAAAAUAGUAGCAAUAGUAAGAAUAGCUCAAAUAAAAAGAACAAAAACAAAGAAGACGACAGCUUUUGGUCAAGCACGAGUAAUGCAGAAGAACGGCAAAAGAUUCGAGAGUUUUGGCUACAAUUAGGCGAAGAAGAAAGAAGAUCACUUGUCAAAGUUGAAAAAGAAGCCGUACUACGUAAAAUGAAAGAACAACAAAAACACAGCUGUAAUUGUUCCGUUUGCGGUAAAAAGAGGUAAGGUGCUAUAGUCCUUUUUUAGUUGCAAGCAUAUUCAAUAUUUUCAUUGUCUAGAACGGCUAUCGAAGAUGAACUUGAAGUAUUAUAUGAUGCUUAUUAUGAA